ACAAAAAACUGAAAUCUGAAAUGUUCACCAUCCUUUCCUUCCAUCCUUUUUAACCUUAACCCUGUCGACAGGUUUACUACGUCACUCACUCCUGUUUCAGUAUAACUACUUCUCCUUCUUUCUGCCAUUAUCAAAUAACAAUCCUUUCAUUUCAUCAACAACAUCCCAUUAAAACCUCUCCAAAAUCCUAAAUUAAACAUGGGCGACAGCAACCGAAAACGAAAACGCGCUCGUAAACCCAAAACCUCCGAAACCCUAGAUUCCUCUCCUCCCACCACUACCCCCACCACCGCCGCCGCAUUCGACCAAAACGACGCCGUAGAAAAUGACGAAGUCGUCGAACCAUCACCAUCCAACCGCCGCCGCCGCCGUGGUCGUGCCCGCAAUUCGCCGGACCCAUCCGACUCGAACCCUGGCGCGCCCAUUGGCAACGGCGCAGGGCCCCACAGUGGGGCUGGGUGGGGCCCGGUUGCGCACGUAGUGUCGGCGCGUGUUAUGCCGGCGAUGGAUGCGGUAGUGAAGGUGUUUUGUGUUCAUACGGAGCCGAAUUUCUCGCUGCCUUGGCAGAGGAAGCGGCAGUAUAGUUCGUCGAGUAGUGGGUUUGUGAUUGGUGGGAGAAGGGUUUUGACGAAUGCGCAUUCGGUGGAGCAUUUUACGCAGGUUAAGCUUAAGAAACGUGGCUCUGAUACUAAGUAUUUGGCUACUGUUCUUGCUAUUGGUACUGAGUGUGACAUAGCUUUGCUUACAGUCAAUGAUGAUGAGUUCUGGGAAGGGAUUGAACCACUGGAGUUUGGGGAACUACCUGCUCUUCAAGAUGCUGUGACUGUUGUAGGUUACCCGAUAGGAGGGGAUACAAUCUCUGUUACCAGUGGAGUUGUCUCACGUAUUGAGAUCUUGUCUUAUGUUCAUGGGUCCACCGAAUUGCUGGGUUUGCAGAUAGAUGCUGCCAUAAACUCUGGAAAUUCUGGUGGUCCAGCUUUUAACGACAAAGGCAGUUGUGUUGGUAUCGCAUUUCAGUCCCUGAAACACGAAGAUGCCGAAAAUAUUGGUUAUGUUAUACCCACACCUGUCAUCUUGCACUUUAUUCAGGAUUAUGAGAGAAAUGGAGCAUACACUGGGUUCCCAAUUCUUGGUGUCGAGUGGCAGAAGAUGGAAAAUCCUGACUUACGGAUAUCAAUGGGAAUGAAAUCUGACCAAAAAGGUGUACGUGUCCGACGUGUCGACCCUACUGCUCCAGAGUCCAAGGUUUUGCGGCCUUCGGAUGUUAUUCUGAGCUUUGAUGGGGUCGAUAUUGCAAAUGAUGGGACAGUUCCUUUCAGGCAUGGGGAGCGUAUAGGUUUCAGUUACCUUAUAUCCCAGAAAUAUACUGGAGAUAAGGCUGAAAUCAAGGUAUUACGUGAUUCGGUGAUCCAAACGUUUCGCAUCAAACUUGGUACUCACAGGAGACUCGUUCCUGCACACAGCAAGGGCAGACCUCCCUCGUAUUAUAUUGUUGGAGGAUUUGUUUUUACAACUGUCUCGGUUCCAUAUCUCCGUUCUGAGUAUGGAAAAGAAUACGAGUAUGACGCCCCGGUCAAGCUUCUAGACAAGCUUUUACAUUCAAUGCCACAAUCAAAAGAUGAAGAGCUUGUUGUUAUAUCACAGGUUCUUGUGGCUGACAUUAAUAUUGGAUAUGAAGAAAUUGUGAACACUCAGGUCAUUGCCUUCAAUGGUAAUCCAGUGACGAACUUGAAGACCUUGGCAAGUAUGGUCGAGUCUUGCAAUGAUGAAUUCAUGAAGUUCAAUCUGGAUUAUGAUCAGAUAGUUGUUCUUCGGACAGAGACAGCAAAAGCUGCUACCAUAGAUAUUCUUGCAACACAUUGUAUACCUUCUGCAAUGUCGGAUGAUCUUAAAACUUGAGACUACAAAUAUUCGAAUCUUCUUUGGGAGUUACAAGAUGUUCACUCGGGCAUUAGCAGGCAUCGAGGGAGCUGCCGUGCAGAUUGGGAGUGGCAUUCUCAAUUUUGAAAGAAGUUUGAUGGUUGUUGUACAAGGUUGGAUGCACAGUCCAGAAGCCAUAUGGAAGAUUUUAUACACUUCGUAUUUCUAGGUGGUAGUCGUCUUCCUGAUAUUCCAUCACUUUCGAGUUUUUGAAGCUCCAAAAGUCUUUCUUUCUGCAACUUUUUUCCUUCUGUGGAAGAGACUGGUAUAGGUUGGACCUUGUGAAAAAGAGGGAAAGAUGGUUACAGUUAUUUGCUACAGGGCACCUCCUACUGUUUUACUAUACACAAUUGCAGGAGGGUGAUGCUUUACAUUACUCGAUGUUGCUCAGUUUCUUGACUCUUUGGUGCCAUGUUUCUCGACUCUCGAGCUCACAUUUACAUCGAGAAGUUGGGUACGACAUUUUUGUGUGGAAGUUGAUCUUGAGAGAUUUAACGGGAUUUGUUUGGCAAUGGGCUCA